GGUGACGUCACACGUGGCCCCACCCACAUAUUUCUGUAAACCACCUUGCAUAUGAAGUAUGGCGGCCUCAGCCACACAGACACCACUCGGCCAAAGUUUGUCACUCACACUUCCACGCGAGAGCAAUGAAUAAGUCCGCGGACCGAGGGCUCGGCAACGAAGAGCUCGGCGACCGUCAACAGAGGGAAGGAGCCGCGGGAAGCGACGUCGCUGUGUCGCCGGAUGAGUUUCCCCGAUCUCCCUUCGCCUCCCUGAUUGAAGUGCCUUCAGUCCGGGUACCACAGGGGAAGAAGCUCCGCAAGACGAGGAGAGAGGACACGGAAGUCUGGAACUGACUCAUUUACGAGGCUUUGGAGGACCCCGCUGCAAAACGUGUCUAACCGCGGUGGUUGGAAAUGUUCCUGUGAGACAUUAAAGUGCACUUGUCCGACUUUUUAAAACCCAGCGUGUUCCCCGGCCGGAGCCAACUGUUGACUGCUCGGUGUGCAUUUAACGCUCCGGCGCUGCUAACGUGAGUUAGCCUCCAUGGCUACCUUCAACACUAGCUUGAGGUCGCCAGCUAACCAGCAACAUACAUGUUUCUCUGGACGUAUUCCCAUGAAAAGUCUUCGUUUGACACAUGAAGCACUUGGGCUCGAUUAAUGCAUGAUAAACAGAGACGUACUGGAGUAGUACGGAUCUGCGUAGGUGACCCACAUCACCCACACUACAGGAGAAGACAGACUGAGUCAGGGAAAGGGGCUCCCCCUUCUGCCUGGGGGGCCAACUUUUGGACGGUGAGCAACUGAGUCCAGCUUGGAGAGUCCCGGCUGCGGCCUGGCACUCUGCCCUUAUGGGGCAGCAGCCGGGGAAGUUUGUAGGGGACCAGAGGAGACCCAGUCUGCCGGCCUUUAUUAAGAGUGGGAAGAGAGAAUCGUCACGUCAUGGGACUCAGCCCUGUAAUGUUUUUACUGUGCACGAAGCUCUCCAAAGACCAGACUUUGAGGGUCAGGGUCUGACAGAAGCGGCCCGGUGGAACUCCAAAGAGAAUCUGUUGGCUGGACCCAGUGAGAAUGACCCCAACCUGUUUGUGGCACUCUACGACUUUGUUGCCAGUGGCGACAACACACUCAGCAUUACCAAAGGAGAGAAGCUGUGCGUGCUGGGUUACAACCACAAUGGUGAGUGGUGCGAGGCACAGACCAAGAAUGGCCAGGGUUGGGUGCCAUCCAACUACAUCACACCGGUCAACAGCCUGGAGAAACACAGCUGGUACCACGGACCUGUGUCACGCAAUGCUGCAGAGUACCUGCUCAGCUCGGGCAUCAACGGAAGCUUUCUGGUCCGCGAGAGCGAGAGCAGCCCUGGUCAGAGGUCAAUAUCUCUGCGGUACGAGGGGAGAGUCUACCAUUACAGGAUUAACACUGCAUCUGAUGGCAAGCUGUACGUCUCGUCAGAAAGCCGUUUCAACACACUAGCGGAGCUGGUGCACCACCACUCCACAGUGGCAGAUGGUCUCAUCACCACGCUACACUACCCGGCACCAAAGCGCAACAAGCCAACCAUCUACGGGGUUUCCCCCAACUAUGAUAAGUGGGAGAUGGAGCGCACUGACAUCACCAUGAAGCACAAGCUGGGCGGGGGCCAGUACGGGGAGGUGUACGAGGGUGUGUGGAAGAAGUACAACCUCACUGUGGCCGUCAAGACCCUAAAGGAGGAUACGAUGGAGGUGGAGGAGUUUCUUAAAGAGGCUGCUGUAAUGAAAGAGAUCAAACACCCCAACCUAGUGCAAUUGUUAGGUGUGUGUACACGGGAGCCGCCGUUUUACAUCAUCACAGAGUUCAUGACCCACGGGAACCUCCUCGACUACCUGAGAGAGUGCAAUAGAGAGGAGGUCAACGCUGUGGUGCUGCUUCACAUGGCCACACAGAUCUCCUCUGCCAUGGAGUACCUGGAGAAAAAAAACUUUAUCCACAGGGACUUAGCUGCUCGUAACUGUCUGGUCGGGGAGAACCACCUGGUGAAGGUUGCAGACUUUGGUCUGAGCAGGUUAAUGACAGGAGACACCUACACAGCUCACGCUGGAGCCAAGUUCCCCAUCAAGUGGACCGCUCCCGAGAGUCUGGCCUACAACAAGUUCUCCAUUAAGUCUGACGUCUGGGCAUUUGGUGUGCUGCUGUGGGAGAUCGCCACCUACGGCAUGUCUCCCUACCCCGGCAUUGACCUGUCCCAGGUCUACGAGCUGCUGGAGAAAGACUAUCGCAUGGACCGACCUGAGGGCUGCCCUGAGAAGGUCUAUGAGCUCAUGAGGGCUUGUUGGAGGUGGAACCCUUCAGAACGCCCCUCUUUUGCUGAAACUCACCAAGCUUUUGAAACCAUGUUCCAGGAGUCCAGCAUUUCUGAUGAGGUCGAAAAGGAGCUGGGCAAGAAAGGGAAGAAGGCGACAUUAGGCUCCAUCCAGCAGGCUCCAGAGCUGCCCACCAAGACCAGAACUCUCCGCAAGAACAUGGACAACCGGGAUGGAGACAGUCCAGACCCAACAGACCCAGAGGCAGCUGUGUCUUCACCCAUGCUUCCCAGGAAAGAGCGGCCCCUCCUGGACAACAACCUGAAUGAGGACGACCGCUUGCUACCCAAAGACAAGGACAAGACCCGCGGCAAUGUUCUCCUCAGCCUCAUCAAGAAAAAGAAAAAGAACGCACCAGCUCCGCCCAAACGCAGCUCCUCUUUCAGAGAGAUGGACGUCCACCAUGACAGGAGGGGCGUGACUCCAGAUCUUCGAGAUAGUGACAACUUAAACAAUGGUGCAUCUUUGGCCAUAAAUGACAACACGCAUGGCCAUGACUCCUCGAAGUUCCUGGGUACUAACAAUAAUGGGCCAGGGGGCAUCACCAACGGGGCUCCUACCUACCCAGGACCAUUAUUCCCCAGGAAGAAAGGAGCUCCUGCUGUGCCUGGCCCAGGAGGCAAGGCAGCUACCACACCACCAAGUGAGGAGGAAUCCAUGUCCAACUCAAAGCGUUUUCUCUGGUCCUCUAGCAUGCCCACUGGCUCGAAUGGCAACGAGUGGCGGUCCGUCACCCUGCCACGAGACUUGGGCCAGCGCCACUUUGACUCAGGUACCUUCGGGGGCAAGCCAGCUCUGCCACGCAAGAGAACCAGUGAGCAGAAAGGGGAUACUACCCCUCGGAUGGGCACCCUGACGCCACCACCACGUCUGACCACCUCAUCAGAUGUUUCCUCUGCCUUCUUAGGCAAAGACAAUGAUCCCAGCCCUGGUUCCAGUCCUCAGGCUUUAACACCUAAGGCGGUCAGGAGACCAGGUAUACCGGGGCUGGAGAAUUCCAAAACCAGUGCUCUGCACGCCGAGCUCCUCAAGCCCAAUGUGUUCCCUGCUAUGGGUGCAGCUGGAGAAGAGUGCAGGGCCCGCAGAAACAAGCACCCUGGGGACUCCUCAUCUGUCAGGGAAAGAGUAAAGAUACAGAAACCCAAGCCAGCCCCGCCUCCACCACCCACCAAUUCAAAAACGGGCAAGAUCUCCCGAAGCACCACUCAAGAUCUCCCUUCCCCCUCCUCCACCACUUCAGACUUCAAAGCUAAGGGUCUCCCCUCCGUCUCAGAGCCCCACCACACAACCACUGCCAGUGACCAAGCCCGCUCACCACUCAGUGAGGGCUCCAAGAAGCUGCCUCUGGGCUCCACCUCCAAACCUCAACCGUUGAAGACCUCCACCUCCUCCCCCUCAGUGUCCACCUCCCUCUCCAGCCAGAGUCUAGGAGGCUUCUCCUCCUCUCUCUCCUCUCCCGGCGAUCAGAGCUCACCCACCGCUUUCAUACCCCUAGUGAACACUCGACGCUCCCUCCGCAAAACUGCUCCCCGCCAGGCCUCUGAGCGCACCCCCAACUCAGCCGUGACGCGCGAAAUGGUGCUGGAGGGCUCCGAGCUGCUCCGGGCUGCCAUUUACCGCAACUCGGAGCAGACUGGCAGCCACAGCGCUGUGCUGGAGGCCGGCAAGAACCUGUCGAAAUACUGCAUGAGCUACGUCGACUCCAUCCAACAGAUGUGGAACAAGUUUGCCUUCCGCGAGGCCAUCAACAAGCUUGAGAGCAGCCUGCGGGAGCUGCAAAUCUGCCCAACUGCCACAGGGGGCGCCAAUUCACAGCAGGACUUCAGCAAGCUGCUGUCCUCUGUCAAAGAAAUAAGUGGCAUCGUUCAGAGGUAGCGCCCUAAAAGCUUGGAACGUGACAUAAAACUGAUACUGUUUCUCACACUACCCCCUUUUUUCUGAGCAUGUGCGUGAACAUUGGUUCACGGCGAGCACACGUUGGAGAGCUGAGGGUAAAGCCUGCUGGAGAGCAGCAGCAGCAGAGUGUAGCUUCACUCUACAGUUCACUCUGAAACACUUAAGCCUGUGGUUACUGUGGAUGGAAUCAGACAGUUUGCAAUAUUGAAAAGCCUUAACUAUGAAUGAACAGUGUCUUUAGGCCUUAAAUGAGGGGCCAGGAGGAGCUAGGGGCCAAUUUUUGAUCUACAUGACUUUUCACCAAUCAUUUUUGAAAUGAUCAUGUCUUAUAUAUUCAAGUUGUUUUUUCUCCCCUUUAUCAAUGACACUAGUGGGGGGAAAAAGGCCUGUGAUAUUUCCAUCACUGUUGGUGUGUUUGAUUUUUUUUUUUCCAUUGAUGCUGAUGACAAUGAGCAAAAAACAAAACACUUAACCUCAUUUUGUUCUUGGAUGCUUUCUAACACAACUGAUCUCAUUUCCAAUUUCGAUUUCCACCUGUAAGAAUUAGGGAGUUUCUGGAAUCAGUGUUUACAACCUGAUGCCUCUGUCCAACGCAUCCCAACAUUUUCCAUCACUUUGUACCGUGUCAUCGGUGAUUGGUUGUGUGCCGAGUAGUGAAACACCAGUGUUUGUUCUGUAUGAAUGCUUUUUUUUGCAGUAUUUGCAACCAUGUGCCAUAAAAUAGAAAUGGGAGCACGCAAAUGAGGGAGAAUGAGCUCCUGGCCUUCCCCUUGUUUGUUCCACUGCACACUUUAGAGCCUUUAACACUUCACAAGUGCAGAAAUGUGGCUGAAUUUGUGCCAAGUGGCCAGGACUAACUGUGUUGAUGUGUUUAUUGGAUUUAAAUGUUUGCCAUACCAAAAAAACUGUCUCCAGUCAGUGCUGGAGAGGGACCAGGGUGAUCCAUAACUCUGUGGAUCUGACUGUUUUAUGUUUUCUCCAUCUUUUUCUUUUUUAAAUAGGUUUAAUUCUUCUUUCUCUUCAUGCCAGUCACAAGCCAUCAGUAGCAGCUAGGCCUUGUUUCAUUAGUUCAGAGGGAUCAUGGACUGAAAGUGUUUCUCCCUGAACACUGAAGGGCCUCUUUGCUUUGAGAGAAUCGUUGUCUUUGGAGAGUUUACGUCACAUGGUCUAAAUGCUGUUUUAGAGGCUUUUCCACCCCUGCAAAAAAUAUGUAUUAUAUAUACGAUGGGGGAAACACUGGACUGAAUUGUUUAUGGAUCUAUCACUUGCUGUCUUACAGAAUAAUGUGGAAGUGAGACGCUGACCAUUAUGGACUAAAAGAAGCCACAAAAUUCCACUGUGUGAUCAUAACGUGCCUUCAUUUCUCGUCUGCAUCUCCUGGACAUUUUCAGUAUUUGUGCUGUAGUCGUCUCAUCCCAUGUGCCCUGUCUGACUGCGUCGCCUGAGGACACAAGUCAAACACAAGCUGCCUUGACUUCUUUUUGGUACUGUCAGUGUUGGCUUAUGUUGUUUUUUUUAAUUCCUCCCUUUUGACCAACCAUACCACUACUCUUUGUGACUAAGCCUCCUCACCAAUUUUUUAGAAACACUUUGCUUUCCUUUGUAAAUUUUUUUAUUUUUCCUGUUUGUUUCUCCCUCUAGCCUUGGUGCAAUUUGUGUUGCAAUAAAAUACAAAGCAGUCAUGCUACUUGAAAUACAUUA